GUGAGCCAGCGACUGAGGCUGUGAGGAUAGGAGGGUACGUUGGUCCACCAUAAGGUACGUUACACGGGAGCAUAAGAAACUAUUCAGACUUUUAUGCUCAAACUCACAUCCUUGUUCAUAUUCGAUCGUCUCAUCAAUCUCACUCACUCAUUUGCACUCACUCACCCAAAGGCCCCAUUGCCAGGGCUAUGAUUACUCACUGACCCUAGCUAGCUAUCUGCUCCGACACACUCGCUCCUGAAACCAAAAACCAGAGAGAAACAAAUAGCUACCUCCAAGUUCCAACUCCAUCACCAUUUAUACACCAUUAUAUAAGAUUAUAUAUAUAUAUAUAUAUAUAUAUUUAUAUACACCACAGUCACCACUCCGCCCUUCCCAUACUUCGAUCUUCACUCACCUCUAUUAUUUAUAAAGCUACACACAAACACACAACACAACUUGUGUGUGUGUGUGAGUGUGAGUGACACAACUAGUGACAGAAGUCUCUCUGUAGUUAAGCUCUGGCUAGCUAGCUAGUUAGAGGAGAAGAACAUACAGCAAAAUGGACGAGAGGCCGGAGACAGAGCUCAUCUCGAUUCCGGCGACGCCACGUGGAGUGUCCACGCCGGAGAUACAGACACCCUCCGGACAGAGGUCGCCUAGGCCGCCGUCCAAGGAGGCUAAGUCGUCGGCGUGGACUCCGACGUCGUUCAUAUCUCCUAGGUUCUUGAGCCCCAUUGGGACUCCAAUGAAGAGGGUUCUCAUCAACAUGAAGGGUUAUUUGGAGGAGAUGGGCCACCUGACCAAGCUCAACCCUCAGGACGCUUGGCUUCCCAUCACCGAGUCUCGCAAUGGAAACGCUCACUACGCUGCGUUUCACAACCUCAAUGCCGGUGUUGGAUUCCAGGCCUUGGUUCUUCCCGUUGCCUUCUCUUUUCUUGGCUGGAGUUGGGGAACGCUUUCCUUAACCAUAGCCUACUUUUGGCAACUGUACACAUUGUGGAUUUUAGUUCAGCUACAUGAAGCUGUUCCCGGAAAGAGGUACAACAGAUAUGUGGAGCUUGCUCAAGCAGCCUUUGGGGAAAGAUUGGGUGUUUGGCUUGCUCUGUUCCCAACGGUUUACCUAUCAGCAGGAACUGCAACAGCUUUGAUUCUCAUAGGAGGAGAGACCAUGAAACUAUUUUUCCAGAUUGUUUGCGGGCCUCUCUGUUCAUCAAAUCCCCUAACAACAGUGGAGUGGUACCUAGUAUUCACUUCCUUGUGUAUCGUUCUGUCUCAGCUUCCAAACCUCAAUUCAAUAGCUGGACUUUCAUUAGUAGGAGCUGUCACAGCCAUCACUUAUGCCACAAUGGUUUGGGUCCUCUCUGUAAGCCAACCAAGGCCACCCACAAUUUCUUAUGAACCGCUUCCAUUGCCAUCUUUCUCUGCUUCCCUCUUUGCAGCCUUGAACGCACUUGGUAUCAUAGCCUUUGCAUUCAGAGGCCACAAUUUAGUUCUAGAGAUUCAGGCAACAAUGCCAUCAACCUUUAAGCACCCAGCUCAUGUACCCAUGUGGAAAGGUGCAAAGGUUGCCUAUUUCUUCAUUGCCAUGUGUGUGUUCCCUGUUGCGAUUGGAGGCUUCUGGGCUUAUGGAAACCUUAUGCCUUCUGGAGGGAUACUGAAUGCAUUAUACGCGUUCCACAGUCAUGACAUCCCCAGAGGGCUACUUGCAAUGAGUUUCCUACUAGUUGUGUUCAAUUGUUUGAGCAGUUUUCAGAUAUACUCUAUGCCCGUAUUCGACAGUUUUGAAGCUGGUUACACUAGUCGUACCAACCGCCCCUGUUCAAUCUGGGUACGGUCUGGUUUUCGAGUUUUCUAUGGCUUCAUCUCCUUCUUCAUAGGUGUGGCACUACCAUUCUUGUCUAGCCUUGCUGGACUAUUGGGAGGACUGACCCUUCCAGUCACCUUCGCUUACCCUUGCUUCAUGUGGGUUCUCAUAAAAAAGCCCACAAAGUACAGCUUUAAUUGGUAUUUCAAUUGGAUCUUGGGCUGGUUGGGGAUUGCCUUUAGUUUGGCUUUUUCAAUUGGAGGCAUCUGGAGUAUGGUCAACAGUGGACUUAAAUUGAAGUUCUUCAAGCCGCCUAGCUGAGCUUAGUUGACAGACGUUUCAGUUCUCCCUGUUCAAGAAUUCUGCAAUAUUUGUUACAAUAUUUACUAUAUGUGUUUCUUCAAACUUAAAUGUCUUAGUUGUACGUGCAUAUAGCCAUAUAUGUUGUUUAUGGUCAAAACUGUAAUAGAGGCUUGCAUGAGGUUCUAUCUGGGAUAUUCGGAUCACCUAUAAUUUGAUUUUGAUAAUGACCUCUAUAAUUAAACA